AAUUUAUACAUCAUGAUGCAGCCAUGCCUGAGAAAUCAUCUGAGACACUGAAUUAGUUUCUAAAAUACUCUCUGCACCUGUGCACGUCAUUGAAACUGGAAGAUAAAAUGAUUAUGUCAAGCAUAUAUUUGUAAAACUCUGGGUUAACCCCAUUUGCUAAUUUAAUUGAUUUUUCGAUCAAGCGACCAAUCCUAUUGUGUGGGAUUAAAAUAGAACAUAUAUUUUUAGAAGUGGUGACAGUCCCGUCGGCCAUUAAUUUGUAGAUAGAAUUUGCUCUGACUGUAAUUAUAAAACAUACGGCUUGUGAAACCAGUUAAAUGCUUCAUCCAUGGUCAAUAGGAGACGUGGAGUUGUUGAUUCUCAGCAAGAUAUAAGACAGAUGGAGCUUUUUCCUAACCCAGGUGAUACAGAAGCAUCUCAUGCUGUCACGUUUUGUGCAUUUUGUAAAAUUUGUGGCUGUAAAUUUGGCUGCUUGAAGGAGACUUUACCAGCAUCCACAGUCAAUAGCAAGUGGAAAGGAGGUUCUUCAUGGUUUGACAGUCACUUAAUCAAGCAACCAGACGACUGGUCUCCUAGCUUAGGGCCUUGCUGUGAAGACUGUUUUGAACAUUUGAAGGCAAAAGUUGUGACUUAUAAACACAAAAGUGGACAAGAUUUGACAGACAAAAAAGAUGCAGAUGAAAAAUCAGCUUUAAAGCAUUUGUGGGAGAUGGUGUGUGGACUAUUGAAUACUAUACAAGGGGCUUUUGCUAGACGUCCGGUUUUCAUGAUGGAUGGGGUACAGCCUGAAGCAGAGGGUUUCUUGGAGGUUCAGAUUGUGAUCAGCCACCAUGGCUCAAUGCAGCAUUUAGAAAUUGAUUUUCCUGCAGAUAUACGAAUUGAUCUUCUAAAAGAAGAGUUGGCAGCAUUGAUUGAUGUUCCUGGACCUGCUCAGCACUGGUUCUAUCUGGCAGUCGAAUUAGAAGGCAGUAAAACUUUGGAAGAAGCACAUGUAGAUACAGGCGCUGUAAUUGAGGUUAAAUGCCUUGACCCAAGUUGAUGAAGUGUUUUUACCACUAGUUCUUGAACAUAGUAGUGCUUCUGAGUGAUGCAUAUUCACAUCCUCUCUGUAAAAGUGGAAGUAUGGACUUCUUUAUAUUAUUGUUGCUGUGAUGUUCACUCUACUGUGUUUCUAUUGAUUAAAAACUAUAUUGAGGGUAAAUGGUGUACAACAGAAUUAGAGAACGUUGGGAAAAAACUUGCAUAAGACUAUUUAUCAAAUUGUACUAUUCAGACUUCUGCUGUCAUCAGAUUAUUUGGAAGAAUUAAAAUUUAAAAGAGAAACAAAUGUUUUGUCCUCUUUACACGAAGACAAUGCGUGCUGAUUGCAUAAACCUUUUAUUCCAGUUUUUUUCAUCCAGAUCUUUACAGGGAAACUUUGGUAUGUCUAAUAGUAAUAAGAGGAGGAAUCACAUUAUCAUCUCACAGGACAAUAAAAAUUAACAGGAAGAGAAAGUCUUCUGAAGUUACAAAUUGUAUUAAUUCUUGUGAUGAGCUCUAUCAAGAAUGCAAAAUCUAAAUUUUCUCACAAUUUAUUAUCACACCAUCUCUGUUACUGUGCAAAUAGCUAUAUUGUUGUAGUAAUAAUAAUGUAAUUGAUAACAUUAAUAAUAAAAAUGUCGAUAAUUGCUUUGUUUGGCUAUUAUUGUUAACAGUGAAAGAAAUUAUCAACAUUAGGAUCAUGGGCAAGUGAAAAAUUCUUUGUAUUCUUAAAGAUUUGGUAUUUUUUCAACUUUUUUCCACUACUGUAUUGUGUAAUGUGAAAGCUUAUUAUUAGUAUCUGAGCUCAUUUUAUUUUCUUCUAUUAUAAAAUACUUAUUUUAUCACAUACCUUUAAAAAAUAUUGGUACUUUAAUACAUAACUGUAUGAUCUUCACAUUUUGCUGGAAAAGUGUUAAUUUUAAUGCAAAUUGUUCAUUUUUAAAUGUGAUUGAAGGAGCUAAUUAAAACAAGGGAAAAUAG